GCUAAGCUAGUAACCUUAACUCUUCGAUCCUUUAUGCUUUAUUAUUCAACAUUUUUUUGUUACUUAAGUAAAGCAUAUAGUAGCAGCAGUAGCAGCUAGCAUAUAAAUCAAAGCAACAACUGCCACAUUACAAGCCCCAACCUAUCUUGUACACUACAAAUGGAGUACUGGAAAACGCUAAUGGUUCAGCCGGAUCAAAACGUGGUCCAGCCGGAUCAGAAAGAGAGAGACGAUAGGUUAAGACAAAUGAAAGACUUGAAAAGUCCCUACAAAAGUGCCAUGGAGGAGAAAUGGGAAGACGUGACGAAAUACUUCGAGGGGAAUGCGGAAAAACUGCUCUAUAAUAUGACAGUGGAGGGGGACACUGCAUUUCACCUUGCGGCUUCUCGCAGCAGCAAAUCACAAGGCACAGAAGUCCUCCAAAUGUUUAUCAAUAUACUCAGGAAUUCAACCAACCAUGACGUGAAAUGCGCUCUGAGGCUUCCGAAUAGCUUCGGAAACAAUACUCUCCAUGAGGUGAGUGUGUCCGGCAAUGAGAAAGCGGCAAAGUACUUGUUGAGCAACUUCAACGAUCCUGUUCCGGGAGAGGGUGUCACCAUCAGUACUAGUAGUACAGAUAAAGACUGCGAUAUGAAGCUGCGUGAGGUUCGGGAUUUAGAGAAUUCUAAGGUGCAGCUGCUGGAGACUCGGAACUAUUUAGGAGAAACUCCUCUCUUCAGGGCGGCUGCUCUCGGUCACACUGACUUGGUCAAGUUUUAUGCCAGCAAACUGCCGCGGGACAAUCCUUGGAAGCACUUCCACAGAGAUGACAAAAAGUCCAUUCUUCAUUUGGCAAUCAUUGCACAACAUUUCGGUCACUCUCUUUCUCUCUCCCUGAGAAAAUGCACACAAUUAUUUGUAGUGCAGAUUAAUAGCUUUUGCUCUUUUGUCUUCCACAAUGCAGAAAUUGCUCUUUGGUUACUGGACAAGUACCCAUAUCUAGCGUCCCUAAGGGAAGAUCGAAAUUUGACAAGCCUUCAGUUGCUGGCCCAAAUGCCAACUGCCUUUGUGCCACAUUUUGAAAAAAUCAAAUGGAAGAUGCUAAUUUAUAAUUGCCUUCCUGAUGGAGGAUAUGUGGUCACACCAAAUCAGAAGGAUGAUGUGGAGAGCAGCAUGGAUAGCAACCAUCCCCGUCAAUCCAUCUUUCGGAACAAGCUUGCAGUUGUCAUGAAGGCUUACUAUUCAUUAUUGGACUCCCUUGCUAAAGGAACUGGAGGCCCGCUUGUUGAGAUAAUCUACAUGAUAUGGAAGGAGAAGAAAAACAAAAAAUCACUGAAGAAACUCAUCGGAUUGCUCGUCGAGUUGGACGACCCUUAUUGGUUGAUUACUAACAAGAAUACAAAAAUCAGGACCAUUUCUCUAGGGACCAAAUCGGAUACGACAAAUGGUGAUAACGGAGGUGACAAAACCGAAUCGGAUAGAUGCGAAAAAGAUAAGGAAGUAACCAAAUUGAAAAAGGAGGCGAGGAAUGAAGUUUACAACACUACCCCAUUGCUUAUAGCAACUAUCACAGGAUUUUUACCCAUUGUGCAGGAGAUACUUGAACAGCGUCCUCAGGCAGUCGAGCAAGUUAACGAAAACGAACGCAAUAUUUUGCAUCUGGCCAUUAAGCACCGUAAGAAAGAGAUCCUUGAUCUUAUCCAAAGCAAACCAACACUGAUGUCGAAGCUGAAAAAGAGGAUAGACCACACGGGAAACACCAUAUUGCACCAGGCUGCAGAUAGGACUUACUACUCUAUAGCGUUGUCUCAGAAAUUAAUAGGCCCUGCAAUGCAAUUGCAAGAAGAGCUGCGCUGGAUGCUGCAUAUAAAAGAGAUGCUACCCCCUCAUUACAUCAUGCACCACAACGACAACGAUCAGACCGCGGAGGAGUUGUUCAACGCUGGGCAUGACGAGCUUCUGAAGUCCGCACAAGAAUGGGUAAAACAAACGGCUCAAUCAUGCUCAACCGUGGCGGUGCUAGUGGCCACUGUGGUCUUUGCAGCCGCCUACGCCAUUCCUGGGGGUUUUAACGACAAAAGUGGCCGUCCUGUUUUCCAAGACAAUCCUCUUUUUUUGCUCUUCACCUGCAUGGACGUUGUGGCAAUCGCCAGCUCAUUAUCUUCUGUGGCAUUCUUUCUCUCGGUCCUCUCCUCCCCUCUCGAGUACCCAUAUUUCGUUAAAAGCAUUCCUCACAAGGUCAUGCUGGGAUUCAUCUUGCUCUUCUUCUCCAUGGCAACCACCAUGCUCGCCUUUGCUGCCACUAUUUUGCUCUUGAUUCGCGUGAAGAAGAAAUGGACCAUGUCUCUACUUUACCCUAUUGCCUUUUUCCCGGUCCCUCUGUUCGGCCUGCUUCAGUUUCCUAUGUAUCAAUGUUUCAAAGUCAUGUUUCGGAAAAUUGAUGCCUGCUUUUUCAAACCCUUAGGCCGCACUCUUGGCUUUCACAAGAAGAGAUCAAUUUGGGGCUAGAAUAAGGCGUAUUGAAUCAUAUAACUUUUCGUCACAGCACAACAUGCGUUGUAGAUUUACCAUCUUGCAACACCAGUAUUUAUAUAUUGUUCUCAUUUGUAUAUUU